GAUGGACUUGAGGGUCAAUUUCCAAAGACGAAAUUACCAAACUGACCCUUUCUUCUUCUGCGCGUCAAUUGAAAAAGGCAGCGAGCGCCUAACGUUUUAUUUGAAGCCAUUGUUUGUUUCUUUGCUUUUCCAAAAUCUCAACGCACAUUUCUUUCUAUUUAUAAACUAUUAUCUCAGAUUGAUUAACGGUCUUGCUCUUUUCAAUUCUUCUACAGAUUCAAAUUCUCAUUACAAUCCUCCAUAAUAAUUUUGUAUAGCUUUUAUGUAUGGUUGUAGCACCCAUUACCUCGUUUCCCCAUUCGAUUUUAUCGAGUAAUUUUUGUUCUUAUUCUUCUUUAUGAGUACUCUCAGUUUUCUUGGACAUUCAACAAUGAAACCCACUUGUAGAAUCCUUUUUAAUUGUCGAAACUCCGCCAUUUUCGGGUUCCCGCCAGCAAAAUGCGUUAAUGGAAAUUCAGCCAAGUUAUGCCUUAAUUUUGAGCGGAAAGCCCAAUUUCACACCAGUCCUUAUCAUAGUUUUUCUGGUUUUCGACGUAUUGUUGAUGAUGCCCGCAAAAAGUUUCGGGUACCCAAUUGGAGUUUUGGCCAAUCUGGGGUUAUUAUAUCAAGGUCUAAUGAUGUUGGGAUGAGAAAUAGGGUUGUUUCUGUUAUUGCUAAUGCUUCAUCUUCUAGGUUUAGGGAUUUCUCAACAUCGGUCGAAACCCGUGUUAAUGAAUCCAAUUUUGAGAGGAUUUAUGUUCAGGGUGGUGUAAAUGUGAAACCUUUAGGUGUUGAAAGAAUUGAUAAAGAUGAGAAUGUUGUUGGAGGAGGAGAAGAAGAUUCUGGGGCAGAAGUUGUUGGUGAAAAAUUGAAUGUAGAGAAUGAAGGGGAGCUCAAGGUUGAAAGUCCUAAGAGGGAGGAAUCUCAAAUUGAGAAGGAAGCAUGGAAGUUGUUGAAGGAUGCGGUUGUUACAUAUUGUGGGAGCCCUGUGGGAACUGUGGCUGCAAAUGAUCCGAAUGACAAGCUGCCAUUGAAUUAUGACCAAGUCUUUAUUAGGGAUUUUGUUCCUUCUGCACUUGCUUUCUUGCUCAAAGGAGAAGGAGAGAUUGUUAGGAACUUUCUCCUCCAUACCUUGCAAUUGCAGAGUUGGGAAAAAACAGUUGACUGCUAUAGCCCAGGGCAGGGGUUGAUGCCUGCAAGUUUCAAAGUUAGAACUGUUCCUCUUGAUGGCAAUAAUUUUGAAGAAGUUCUUGAUCCAGAUUUUGGUGAAUCUGCAAUUGGUCGUGUUGCUCCUGUAGAUUCAGGGUUAUGGUGGAUUAUUCUAUUGAGGGCUUAUGGAAAAAUCACUGGUGACUAUGCUUUACAAGAAAGGGUAGAUGUUCAAACAGGGUUAAAAAUGAUUUUGAACUUGUGUUUAACUGAUGGUUUUGACAUGUUUCCUUCACUGUUGGUCACUGAUGGGUCCUGCAUGAUUGACCGGCGCAUGGGUAUUCAUGGUCACCCACUUGAAAUCCAAGCCUUAUUUUACUCAGCUCUACGCUGCUCCCGUGAGAUGCUUUCUGUGAAUGAUGGAUCCAAGAAUUUGGUGAGGGCCAUCAACAACAGGCUAAGUGCUCUGUCAUUCCACAUUAGAGAAUAUUAUUGGGUCGAUAUGAGAAAGAUCAAUGAGAUAUAUCGGUACAAAACAGAAGAGUACUCUUUGGAUGCUACCAAUAAGUUCAAUAUCUACCCUGAACAAAUUCCUUCAUGGCUAAUGGAUUGGAUUCCAGAGGAAGGUGGAUAUCUCAUUGGCAAUUUACAACCAGCUCAUAUGGAUUUUAGGUUUUUCACCCUUGGCAAUCUCUGGUCCAUUGUUUCAUCUUUGGGUACUCCUAGGCAGAAUGAAGCUAUACUAAAUCUAAUUGAAGCCAAAUGGGAUGAUCUUGUGUGUCAUAUGCCCCUUAAGAUUUGUUAUCCUGCCCUCGAGUCUGAGGACUGGCGUAUAAUAACUGGCAGUGACCCUAAGAACACCCCUUGGUCAUAUCACAAUGGCGGGUCUUGGCCAACACUUCUGUGGCAGUUCACACUGGCUUGUAUCAAGAUGCGAAAAUUAGAUCUAGCUCGAAAAGCAGUUGCUUUGGCUGAGAAGAGGCUUUUAGUUGACCAUUGGCCUGAAUAUUAUGACACCAGAACAGGGAAAUUUAUCGGAAAGCAAUCCCGACUUUACCAAACAUGGACCAUUGCUGGGUACCUUACAUCUAAAAUGCUCCUUGAUAAUCCAGAGAUGGCAUCCUUAUUAUUCUGGGAAGAAGAUUAUGAGCUUCUCGAGAUUUGUGUUUGUGGACUUGGCAAGACUGGAAGGAAGAAGUGCUCCAGGGUUGCUGCUAGGUCUCAGAUUCUUGUUUAGUGACACUAAUUCUUUAAAGGGCAAUGCUUUUUUUCUUCUUUGGGCACCAUCUCUGCAGAUUUGGCUGGUGGAGACUUCUCACACAACCAUGGGUAGUAGCAACAAUGGUGCCAUAUAUGACAUUCUUCUACUUUUUAAGGGUAGAAUGUCUUUACUGUACAGCCGCCACACAUUCGAGUGUAGGGUAUAAAAAAGAUUUGCUAAAGAACAAUUUUUAACAUUUUCAAAUAAUUAUACUUCUGAUACACAUUUUGUACUAGAAUAAAUCCUUUGGCGAUUCGAUCAAAAUUCUAGUUGAUCCAAUUGCAGUAAAGUGUUGGUAGUAAUACUCAGUUUCACUUUGAAUGUACUGAAUUGUGCACCUGGACUUGGUGGUGUAAGAUUUGUACAUAGAUUGUUUAUUAAUAGUAACACAUAUUUAUUAAUAGUUAUUUGCUUUA